AUGGUCUCGUCGGCGCAUAUUCUCGACCGGACACCCCUCCACAGCACACCCUCAAUCGCGUCGCGACCGUCGCACUCCUCGCGCCGCAACCAUCGAUCCGGGCGCUCACAUCAUGGCGGCUCGGCGCAACCGUCUGCGAACGACUUUCCCAUUUUCACCUACACUGGGGACACCGAGAUCGUGAUUCGUGCUGGCGCGCAAGAACGCCGUUAUCUUCUCCACCGCUUGAUCCUGACCCAAUGCUCAGGGUUCUUCGAGGCUAGCACCAGCGAGGACUGGACUGGGAAAACCGCAACGGUGCAGAAUCCCCCUAAAUCGGACAGCUCGUCAUCACGUUUAAGUGAGGGCUCCUUGUCGAAUGGUUCGACCCUGGUUCAAGUGGAGCAGAUGAAGCUUUCAGCACGCGGGCAAGAUAGCCGAAGAUGGAGAUUUGAGCUGGACUGGGAAAACCGUGGUGAACAUGAGGAACCCAUUUUGGUACAAAAGCGACCAUCCUACGCGCCCAUGUUUGGGAGCGACCACAGCGUCUUCUCCCCGGCAUCAGCGAAACCGUGCAACGUCCAAGCUGGGUACUUCCGGUCCAUGGCAAAUCUAGCUGGAAUGCAGUCGGUAACGAACUUGCCACCAUCGAACAGUGAGCGCGACGCUGUCCAUUCUAUAAUUCGCGACUAUGACAACUUGUUCCGCCUGUUCUAUAACUAUGCCCCUGUUCUCAACAGUGUCAACAUUGCUUCAGCUUAUACAGAGUGCAAGUCAUUACUGGCACUUGCAGACAUGUACGAUGCACUUCCCGUGACGGGUCCACGAGUUGACCACCAUCUGCUGGGUUUCGGCUCGCGCUUGUUCAAGCAAAUUGCCAAAUAUCCGCCUAGCUAUCUCAAGCUAGGAUACUUGGCUCGAAGUCGGGUGAUCUUCUCAGAAGCGCUUGUCCAUGUCGUGGGACAAUGGCCCGCCGCGCUACCGAAUCUACGCAGCGACUCCUAUGCGCCGCUACCCAACUUCGUCCUCGAUUUGAUAGAGGACAAGUACGAGGACCUCGAGGACCUAAAAGCCCGCAUCGAGGGCAAACUCCUUCGCUUGUCUCUCACAACCUCUCGCGGUGAACGAGUUGGCCCUUCUAAUGCGUAUCUCGACUGGCUCGCCGUAUCGCUCUUUCGCCAGUGGCUCAUUGAGAAUACCAACUCUCCACCUGCUCCAAUCCUUAAAACGACAUCACACCCUACCAGUGCAAAUCGUCCACCGCCUGCUGUGGCCGGCUCUCAAACGACAUCUACCAGACCCAUUGCUCCACCAGAUCCAGUGGCCCACGUGUAUAGACUGAUCGGAUCCUCAUCCACACAAGCAUACCUCGCGCACGAUGAAGUCAAACGAUUUCUGAAGCUAUCUCCUACUCCAUCGUCUGACCCACUCUAUACACGCGAAACUCUCAAGCGAUUCGAGCGCAAAUUGGACGAGUUGAAGCGUCUGGCUCGUGAAAUCGUCAAGCCUCUAAUACGCAAUUUUCUUGAGUUGGAGCUGAAGACGGGCUCUGAUCAAGCCCACAGUACGUCUGGCUCCUGCGAGGAAACUCCGACCGUUGGCUUGCCCUAUCUCACAUGUACGCGUGUCGAAGAAGCUGAUCUGCCAUGGGCAUUAUGA